UGUAAAAACAUGUUUACCUCGCACUACAAUAUAUGCAGUUUCCUACUGUAAUGUUAUUUAUUACUUUUCUUUUAUUAUUUUGUUCCGUACUGUAGCAUUCUCGCAUACCAGAGGUCUACCAUGGUUACCCGUAUGAACGGGAUUUUGACGAAUUUCUGAUGGAUGAGAAUGGCACUGUAGUGGUGUAUAAUAUUUUACGAUGUUUACAUUCUGACAGUUUGUUUUUUUUUUUACAAACAACAAAAUAGUUUUUGUAUUUAACGCGCGAAACUUAAAUAAUGUUACUUGGCGUAGGUCGCAAAGAAAUGUCCGGUCUGUAUAGUGUUGCCGGGCAUGUAGAAAAGAACUAUUCACCGGGAAAGGUCGUUAUCCCAUGUGUGAAUCUAGUAUCUAUCCGCACUCAUCUUUCACCACCCCUGGUCACUUCACGCAACCCGACCUACUUUUUUCUACCUUAAGGCAUUUUUCAAUAAUAAAACAUUCGCUAUUAACGUAUAAAAUAAGCAUCCGCGAACUUUUUGUUUAACUUUCUUCUUUCAAUGAUAUAUAACCGCAUAAAAUGUAUUUGCAAACGUAUCAAAUUAAACAUUGAAGGGACGACAGUAUUUACAAAUGAUUGUUCGCCCUUUGUUUAGUAUUAUGCAAAUGAUCUAUUUCAAACGCGAGUGUAGCAUAAUUAAUAUUUACCUUUCUGAUCCGAUUUGAAUUUUUAAGAGAUACUCGCCGAAACAACUGUGAAAUAUCUUCCAGAAAUCAGGAUUUUCAAUACGAUCCUUACAGAUCGUGGCGUGAAAUAGGGAAAAUGGCCACGUCCGAGGAGAGGCUUGCUUUGUUUAAGGCAGAAUACCCCCACACAGACAAUGCUUCGUUGACAGGGGCGGAUCUAGGUGUAGUUGCUGGAUAUUUUGUUAUCAUCGUUGCCAUUGGCAUUGUGGCAAUGUGCCGGUCCAACAGAAGUACAGUAGGCGGGUUCUUCUUGGCUGGUAGAUCUAUGUUCUUCUUGCCUGUCGGUGCCUCAUUAUUUGUCAGCAACAUUGGCACCGAACAUUUUAUCGGCCUGUCGGGAUCUGGUGCUGCACAAGGGAUAGGAGUCGGUGCAUGGGAAUUUAACGCAAUUUUGUUAUUACAGCUGCUCGGCUGGAUAUUUAUCCCUGUCUACAUUGCCUGUGGGACUUAUACAAUGCCGGAAUACCUCACUAAACGUUUUGGUGGUGAAAGAUUGCGAGUUUAUUUUGCAUUGCUGUCUCUCAUUCUCUACAUCUUCACGAAGUGUUCUGGUGAUCUGUUCACAGGAGCGCUGUUUAUACAACAGUCUCUCAAAUGGGAUCUGUAUUUGUGCAUCUUUAUUUUAGUCACCAUUACUGGGAUUCUGACAAUGACAGGCGGUCUGACAGCCGUUAUAUACACGGAUACAAUGCAAGCUGUACUGAUGGUUGGCGGCGGUCUCACUCUUAUGGGAAUGAGUUUCUCAAAGAUCGGUGGGUACGACGGACUUGCCCGAAGAUACCCGAAUGCCACUACGAAGGAGACGUAUAGAAUGCCAAACACCACGUGUCACGAGACAGACCCGAACUCCUUCCGGAUGUUAAGAGAGGCAGACGAUGACUAUAUGCCGUGGUUGGGCUUCCUGCUCGGACAGACACCGGGCUCAAUAUGGUACUGGUGCGCGGAUCAGGUAAUCGUGCAGCGUCUCCUGGCAGCAAAGAGUUUGUCUCAUGCCCAAGGUGCCACUCUGAUGGCAGGAUUUAUCAAGGUACUGCCAUUGUUCAUGAUGGUGAUGCCGGGCAUGAUCAGCAGAAUUCUUUACGCUGAUGAGGUUGCAUGCGUGGACCCGGAAAUCUGUAAUUAUGUGUGUCAGAGCGAGGCGGGAUGUAGCAGCAUAGCUUACCCAAGACUUGUGUUGGGUAUCAUGCCUGAAGGGUUGCGAGGCCUGAUGAUGGCGGUAAUGAUAGCGGCUCUCAUGAGUGACCUUGACUCGAUCUUCAACAGCGCUAGCACACUGUUCACUGUAGAUAUUUACACAAAAAUCAGAAAGAAUUGUUCUCAGCGAGAACAGAUGCUUGUAGGGAGGUUAUUUAUUCUCGUUAUGGUGGGCGUGUCUAUAGCCUGGGUACCGGUGUUAAAGGAGACACAAGGGGGUCAAGUAUUCAUUUAUAUACAAGAAAUUACCAACUACCUAGCCCCGCCAUUCGCAGCCGUAUUUCUGCUUGCGGUGUUAGUUCCAAUGGUUAAUGAGCAGGGAGCGUUCUGGGCAUUAAUGCUGGCCUUCCUCACCGGGGUAAUACGGAUGAUAUUAGCGUUUGUGUACUACAGCAGCGGGGGGUGUGGGAAGGAAGACAAUCGCCCUGGGAUACUGAAAAAUUUCCAUUACAUGUAUUUCUCACUUUUCAUCACUCUGCUAACUGCUGUAACUGCCAUCGUCAUCAGCUACUUCACAGGCAGGCCGCAUAAAAAAUAUUUGGCACGUACUACAUUCUGGACAAGGAAGUCGGAGCCCUAUGUAGAAGAGACGGAACAAAAGGAAUCAAAUAAAGACAAUCAAAAUGGCUUCACUAACCUGGCUGCUACUGCCGAUAGCAACAUGCAGGUGUUCUCGGUGGAGGAAAAACACCAUUACAGGGAUCCAAACCUUGACAUACCAACAGAGGAAAAAGAGUUACACUGUGCAGAAAAGGCUCUGAACUAUGUGUGUGGAAUCACAUCCAACGUCGACGAAGAAAAGGAAAGAGAACUCAGACUGCACAUGGAGAAAGUGGCCACCCUUAAACAAAAUAAAUAUGCCAAAAUUGGUCUAAAUAUAGGUUUAGUCAUAAUCUUAUCACUCGGAACUUUCCUGUACGUAUUCUGGUCUUUUUGGAAGUAUGAGCCCAACUGAACUGUUUUGCAAAUGGUCAGAUUUCGUCAGAAUAUUAUAAAAUUACUAUAUUUUAUACAGGAUAUUUUCCUAUAUAUAAGGUUAUGUGAUUUUAGUUUUACUUAGCAAGAUAGUGACAUAGAUAUCACCGUAUUUGUUAUUACCAACCUAUAUGAACUACUGUACGUACUUGUAAACGAUGACAUUGUUUGCUCUUUAUUAGAAAUUUCAGUGCCCUCCAUCUUUUAACCCAUAUUAAUGUCUAUUUUUCAUAUACAUAGUAGACUUUUUGUUGAACAAUACAGAAAAUGUUUAAGCUCUAUGAACAAGUUGUUUAUUAUGUCAUUGUGCAAGCAAAGCAUAUGCUUCUCUUCGGUCAAAUCUCAUUGUAAACUUCCUGGUUCUGAUUUUACAUCUUGUAGAUUUUUCAACAACUUGACACUACUGUCUCUAACAUGCAACAAUGCUCAUAAAAUAAUUUAUGAAAUAGGGAAAUGGACACUUUGCGAGACAUAUAACACCCAUCAUGCUUAUUGGGUUUGAUAACAGUACAUGUAUACUGUAAUAAUCUUAAGAUUUUGUGGGCAAAAAAAAUGUAGUUUUGGUCAAAAUGCCGUAUUCACAGUAAUAUGAGUUUUGAGGAUUAAAGAUUUCGAAAGAUAAAAUGAUUGUUCAUUGGGAUUAAUUUAAUUACACGUACUUGUAAUCGGUUAAACCAGGAAAGUAAAUAUCCCAUAAAAAUUAAUAAUUUAACAUUAUAUAAUACAGUGUAGUCUUUAAUGAACACAAAAGGUUGUUUCAAGUAGUUUUUGUGUGAAAGAAUACAAAAUAUAACAUACUAUAUGUUGUUUCUAUUAUUUCAUUGACCAACUAUUACAAUAUGCACAGACCCACCCGCUCAGCUCAAUAGAGAGAGCGCAGAUCUACGGAUCAUGGGCGGGCCUAAUGUUCUCCGUGACGAUUUGAUAAAAGACAUCGUGUCUGAAAUCAUUCGUCCUCCACCUCUUCUUCAUGUGGGGAAGUUGGCAGUUUCUUGCGGAGAACAGGUUUGUACUGGUACAGAAUCCAGGAACUCUGGUUAGGUUAACUGCCCGCCGUUUCAUAACUGAAAUACUGUUAAAAAACGACGUUAAACCCAAACAAACAAAAGCUGCUACUGAAGCAAACAUGAAUUUGUAUUAAAUAAUAUCACAUGUUGCUAGACAAAAUCUGAAAAACAUUUCUGUAAUUUCAUUAUUUUAUAGUUAUAUAAUAAAGAAUCGUGAUGA